UGAUAAAAAAUGAAUACAGUUUUAUUUUGUUUUAUUGUUGUUGGAAUUUGUGGUUUUGGAUUCGUUCAGAGCUACGAGUUUGAUUGGGAGAAUGUGAAACAUAUUGAAUAUGUAAGUCCAGUGUUAAAAAACAAACCAAAACUUCAUCCAUCCAGCAAAUUUGAAGGCAGAAUUGUUGGUGGUGAAGAAGCUAAGCCUCAUGAAUUCCCACACCAAGCUGCUCUACUUGUACAAAUGGGAAACCAGGUUGGAUUUUGUGGGGGUACUUUAAUAUCAAAACGAUACGUUCUAACUGCUGCACAUUGUGCUUUUCUUGUGAAAAACUUUACGGUAAUACUUGGUGCACAUAAAAUUAAGGAAUCCGAACCAUCACAACAAAUUUUUUAUACCAAAGAAAAAGUGGUACAUCCUAAAUGGAUUUGGAGUCAACUUUUAUUAAUUAAUGAUAUUGCAUUAGUUAUUUUACCGGAAGAUGCUGUACUCAAUGAAUACGUUCAACCUAUGCGGUUACCUGGCCGAUCUUUGGCUGAUGUACCACUUGUUUCAUAUCCUGCAACAGUUAGUGGAUGGGGAAAAGAUUCUGAUAAAACCAAUGAAGUAAGCCCUGUACUGCGAUUUGUGAAUAGUAAAAUAAUGUCGAAUACAAAAUGUGCUAUAUUCCUUUUGGGAGCAAUUAAAGAUAGUCACAUAUGUAUAUCUGGAAAAGGAGGCAAAGGAUCAUGUAAUGGUGAUAGUGGUGGUCCAUUAGUGGUUAAUGUCAAUGGUGAAGACACACAAGUAGGUAUUGUUUCAUUUGGUAUUUCAUUGGGAUGCGAAGCUGGCUUUCCAACAGCUUAUACAAGAAUUACAUCACAUUUAGAUUUUAUUGCUGAUAAUAGUGAUGUUGAAAUUAGAGAUUAAACUAAUUAAUGCGUUUUGUAUUCUUUUAAUGAAAAUAUAAUUCAAUAUAUUUUU